CCCACAAGAAAAUGUUUGUAAGGUGGAGGAGGAUGGGGUUUUCAGUGACCAGCACCUGGAUAACCUGGAGAGGAGCUGCAGCCCGGACCAGGAGGAACCAGGGCAUCCACAGACUACAGAACUGGAGGAAGACUCCAGCAGUCAGGAGAUGAAGCACGAGGACGUAGAGGUGGAUGUUCCAUUGGUCAAUGUCGCUGAUGUGAAAGUUGAAAAUGAUGAACCAGGACCAAACUGUGGCAAGCUGCUGUUGCACACUUCUCCUGAAGCUCAAAACAAAGAUGAGGAAGGGACUGAAAGUUUACGCUCAGACUCCAGUAAAACUGCAGAUCCGGAGCCAAUGAGACGACACGGUGACCACGAAGAUGCUGCUUUCCCGUCAGACAGCAACUGUAAAUCAAAGCUGAUCAGGACCCACACGAGGAAGAAGGUGUUUUCUUGCAGAACUUGCAGGAAAGAGUUUAGUAAACGUAGUAUUUUAAUGGAUCACAAGAAGAUCCACACUGGCGAAAGGCCGUACCUGUGCAACACCUGCAACAACGCCUUUACUUAUUUAUCACAUCUUAAACGCCACAUAACCACACACACAGGCGAGAAGCCCUACAUCUGCAAAACAUGUGGAAAAGGUUUCACGCAACGUUCCAACCUGGUGAUUCACUCGAGGACCCACACUGGCGAAAGGCCGUACCCGUGCAACACCUGCAGCAAAACCUUUACUAAAUUAUCAGAUCUUAAACGCCACAUAACCACGCACACGAGCGAGAAGCCCUACAUCUGCAAAACAUGUGGAAAGAAUUACAGGCAAGCUUCCCACCUGGUGGUUCACUCGAGGAGCCACACGGGCGAGAAGCCCUACAUCUGCAAAACAUGUGGAAAGAAGUUCAGUAGAAGUAGUAUUUUAAUGGAUCACAUGAAGAUCCACACUGGCGAAAUGCCGUACCUGUGCAGCACCUGCGGAAAAUCGUUUAGAAAAUCAUCAAUGCUCAAGAAGCAUAAAAUGAUCCACAAGGGCGAGAAGCUCUAUAUCUGCAAAACAUGUGGAAAGAGUUACACGCAAAAUUCCAAACUGGUGAUUCACUCGAGGACCCACACCGGUGAAAGGCCGUACCCGUGCAACACCUGCAGCAAAACCUUUACUAAUUUAUGGGAUCUUAGACGCCACAUAACCACGCACACGGGUGAGAAGCCCUACAUCUGCAAAACAUGUGGAAAGAGUUACAGGCAAGAUUCCCACCUGCUGGUUCACUCGAGGAUCCACACCGGCGAAAGGCGGUACCUGUGUAACAUCUGCGGAAAAUCGUUUAUAAACUCAUCACAUCUUAAACGCCACAUAACCACGCACACGGGCGAGAAGCCCUACAUCUGCAAAACAUGUGGAAAAAGUUACACAGAACGUUACAACCUGGUGGUUCACUCGAGGAUCCACACUGGCGAAAGGCCGUACCUGUGCAACACCUGCAGUAAAACUUUUACUAGAUCAUCACAUCUUAAAAGCCACAUAAACACGCACACGGACGAGAAGCGAUAUUUGUGCAAGACGUGCAACAAAGAGUUCAGUAAAAGUUGUAAUUUAAUGGAUCACGUGAAGAUCCACACUGGCGAAAGGCCGUACCUGUGCAACACCUGCGACAAAACCUUUACUACAUUAUCAAAUCUUAAACGGCACAUAACCACGCACACGGGCGAGAAGCCCUACAUUUGCAAAACAUGUGGAAAAAGUUACACAGAACGUUCCAACCUGGUGAUUCACUCGAGGACCCACACCGGCGAAAAGCCGUACCUGUGCAACACCUGCAGCAAAACCUUUACUAAUUUAUCAGCUCUUAAAAGCCACAUAACCACACACACGGACGAGAAGCCCUACAUCUGCAAAACAUGUGGAAAAAGUUACAGGCUACGUUCCACCCUGGUGGUUCACUCGAGGACCCACACUGGCGAAAGGCAGCACCUGUGCAACACUUGCGGAAAAACCUUUACUCAAUCAUCACUUCUUAAACGCCACAUAACCACGCACACGGGCGAGAAGCCCUACAUCUGCAAAACAUGUGGAAAAAGUUACAGGCUACGUUCCACCCUGGUGAUUCACUUGAGGACCCACACUGGUGAAAAGCCGUACGUGUGCAACACCUGCAGCAAAACCUUUACUAGAUCAUCAUCUCUUAAAAGCCACAUAACCACGCACCAAAUCUGUCAGGGGAGCUACCACAGUCGAAAAGUUUUUACAAAAACUGCGAUAGUACCCCACAAGACCCAGAAAGCGCUGAAGUUCCUUUUUGGUUGCUGGCACUGGAUACUGCCCAAUUGCAGCCACCUUAGCCUGUACUGCCCGCACAUUUCCCUGCCCCACUACCUUACCCAGGUGAAGAUGUUACUAUGGGUGGAGGUGGCACACCAUCAGCCCACACACGGCUACCAGCAAGAGGUGGAGGCCAGGAAGACCGUCCUUUUUGGCUCCCUGUCCUCUGGGAUAAAUACAAAGAAGAAAAAAGGCGAGUGGGAUCUUGUGGCUGUGUCCGUAAACGCUGUGGGGUCGGAGCACCGCAGCCCACAGGAAUUAAAAAAGAAGUGGUCGGACAUAAAGAUGGAGGUAAAGAGGAGAGCGGCUGCACACCGGCGAAGUGCGGCCAUGACGGGUGGUGGAGCAGGAACGGAGGCGCUCACCCCUUUUGAGGAGCGCGUGUGCGCAAUCGUGGGUGAGACCGUCCUCACAGGAUUCCUAUCUGUCCCUGAGGGCGACUCCGUCUCAUUUGAGCAGCCAAAUGAAGAUGAUGCCGAACCGGGAACCUCGGGGGUCACAGCCUCCUCCCUCCCAUCUGAGGAACCCCGCGCCACCGCUGCCUCCGAUCCUGAGGCCCGUCCGACCGGCCUCAUGCUGACGCAGGCGUGGGACGCCAUGGCGGUGCGCCAGAUUGUGCAAGGUGGCACAAGCAAUAAUGAUGCGGCCCACCUUGUCGGGGCGGUACAGCAGCAUCCCCCCGCUCCUGUCCAGGCAGCGCCACCGACAUUUCAGCUGCCCGAUCGCUCGCUCUACAACAGCUCUAGUGAUGGUAUGAGCGUGGUUGUAAGCGAGUUCUCGGGCAGUCUGGGGGAAAAUGGUGAACCAGGACCAAACUGUGACCAGCUGCUGUUGCACACUUCUCCUGAAGCUCAAAACAAAGAUGAGGAAGGGACUGAAAGUUUACGCUCAGACUCCAGUAAAACUGCAGAUCCGGAACCAAUGAGACGACACGGUGACCACGAAGAUGCUGCUGUCCCGUCAGACAGCAACUGUAAAUCAAAGCUGACCAUGACCCACACGGGGAAGAAGGUAUUUUCUUGCAGCACCUGCAGGAAAGAGUUCGGUAGAAAGAGUAUUUUAAUAGAACAUAUGAAGAUCCACACUGGCGAAAGGCCGUACCUGUGCAACACCUGCGGAAAAUCGUUUAGACAAUCAUCAACGCUCAAGAACCAUAAAAUGAUCCACACGGGCGAGAAGCCGUACCUGUGCAACACCUGCGGAAAAUCGUUUAGAAACUCAGCAACGCUCAAGGAACAUAAAAUGAUCCACACGGGCGAGAAGGCCUACAUCUGCAAAAUAUGUGGAAAAAGUUACAGGCAACGUACCAGCCUGGUGGUUCACUCGAGGACCCACACUGGCGAAAGGCCGUACCUGUGCAACAUCUGCAGAAAAACCUUUACUAAUUUAUCGUAUCUUAAACGGCACAUAACCAAGCACACGGGCGAGAAGCCCUACAUCUGCAAAACAUGUGGAAAAAGUUACACAGAACGUUCCACCCUGGUGGUUCACUCGAGGAUCCACACCGGCGAAAGGCCGUACCUGUGCAACACCUGCGGAAAAACCUUUACUGAAUCAUCAGUUCUUAAACGGCACAACACCCUCGCCCAGGUGACCCAGCCGGGGUGA